CCACCACCGUGCUUAACCAAGCAAUGUGUGAAGACAAGCAGCUAUUUCUUAAGCAAGAUGGACUUUUCCGUCAACCCUUGCGAUGACUUGUAUCUCUACGCUUGUGGUGGACUACACGCCAAUACCAGAAUCCCG